AUGCCGCUACUUCAUCAGCUAUCAACAAUUCUGGUGGCUGCAGCACUGUAUUGUGCUAGUGCCCGGUCAUCAGACCCGGAGAUCCGAACCCCCGCUGGGACUUUCCGUGGUAAAGUUCUGACCUCACACAGCGGUUAUGAGUUCGAGUCUUACCGGGGAAUCCCCUAUGCCUUACCUCCAACAGGUCAACGGAGAUUUGCCUUGCCAGUUCGUCAUCCCGUCAUUGGGCAUAAAGACGGAACCGUUAUCGGACAGGAAGACUGCUUGUUCUUAAAUGUCUUCAGGCCUCUCAGAUCUCAAGUGGAGUCAGAAGACGCCGAACUAAAGAAAGUGUUUGUCUUUAUCCACGGUGGUGGAUUCGUUGUUGGAGCUUCGGACCCGUAUCUGCCAGGAGACCUCGUGACCAGGGGUGAUCUAAUUGUCGUGACCAUGAAUUAUCGACUAAAUUGGUUUGGAUUCUUGCGAGGAAACUCCGGUUAUCUGCCCGGAAAUCAAGGUUUCUGGGAUCAGCUUUUGAGUUUACAGUGGAUCAGGGACAACAUCCGGUCCUUUGGGGGCGACCCUGAUGACGUGACGAUUUCUGGCGAGUCUGCGGGAUCUUUGAGCACGUCCUUGUUGAGUGUUUCACCAUUAGCUAAAGGACUUUUCACUAAGGCAGUACUUUUGAGUGGCACAACAGAAAUCUUACCUACUUCCCCACAUACCUCCAACGACUACCUACAAAAGGCAUCAAACAAGUACGGAUGUGGCUCGGGGUCUGUCGAUGGAAACGAAGAAGCCGUGGUGAGAUGUCUGAAACAAUUACCCGCUGAAACCUUUGUGACAGACUUUGGUUUUGACCCUACAAUCAGCGCCACAUCUUCAGGCGAUGAUCUCCUCCCAAAACCUUUCGCAGAAAUACUGAACGACACUGAUUUUUUGUCAGAAGUUGGCUUUUACAACCGGGACUACAUCGUUAGCAUCACUGCGGAUGACGGGGAUAUUAUGACCAGCGCUCGCUUUGGAGUCAUAGACGUAACUUCACAGAAACAUAGCCUGGAAGGAUUGUCCCCUUGGUUGGGGCUGCCAUCUCGUGUUGCUGAAUUGGUUCUAAAUGAGUACCAAAACAUAUAUGGGGAUCUGAAGAAAUCUGUCACUGCUCUGACCACUGAUAUAACUUUCCUGAAAGCAAGUGUCAGUUUCGUGGAAACAUACACAAGACAGCCGAGGAAACAGUCCAACCCGGAUAAGAAUGCGUAUCUGAUGUCCUUUGAUCACAGCCCGAGAUACGUCCCCGAUCAGUAUAUGCUGCAUGCUCUAGACCUGGCAUAUCUCUUCGACUUAAACACGAAAGAGUUUAUUGAAAACUUUUACUACAUUGAACUGGAGGAUAAGUUUUACGAGGAAGACAUCCAGCUGAAGGCUGACUACAUUGAUUUGAUUGCAGCUUUUAUCAAAACAGGAAAUCCAAACAAGUAUUUAACGGAACAGAAAAAUGUCGUGUGGUCUCCUUUUGAUCCCGAAACUAAAGGAUAUCUGAGCUUUUCACUACAACCCUCAGUAAAGAAAGACAUUUUAGGAAACCGACGUGUCAUCUGGGAGACGCUGUUGCCUCGGUGGCUUCAAGAACAGCAACAGUCAGGAGCUAGAGAAGAUCUGUAA